UAAAUUAUGACAUUCAAGAAGUACAUUGUCAAAAAUGAGAGCGGUAGCGAUACUCGUAUUUCCACUUCUCCUAUGUGGAGCUUUCUCAAAGCCGACUGAUAAUGCCUUAACACUUGUUUCAAAUCCAAUUGAUGACUUAAUUACUGAAGCUUUGGAAUAUGUUAGGAAACUGUUCAAGAAGUUUGAACCAUUCCCAGUACCUGAGAUGCCAGUUCAAACGGUCAAAGGUCAAGGAAUUGAUUUAACAGUUAAAUUCAGUGACCUCUACGUGUCUCAAGCCAGUGAUUUCACCAUUGACCAUAUCGAGAAUGAUAUUUUUCACCUUUGGGCAAAAUUUGCAGUCACCGUACCAAAAAUGCACCUAGAAGGCGGUUACAAUGUAAUCGGAUCUGUCAAAGGGAAGAAUGUCAAAGGCGCUGGGCAUUUCAAGUUAGAUUUAACACAAUUGAAGACAGGAGGGUACGUCGAAGUAGGACUCGUCAACAAAUAUAUCCAGAUGAAGAGACUAGACAUCUAUUAUGACAUCAACGACCUGAAAUUUUCAGAAGAUGGACUGACUGUUGAGGGGUUGACAGAAGAGCAGUUGGCCAAUAUAUUUGACACAGCCUUCCUCCAGUAUUUUCAGGACAAUAAGCAGUUUGUUACUGAGCAGGUGAGCGAGUACGUCCGUGGCUAUGCUAACGAAAUCAUGCACGGCAAGACUCUACAACAACUCCUAGACUGGCUUAAGAAAUUCAUCAAGGGUGUUUUUAUCUAGUUGUUAAUAACUAAGAAAAUUUCAGAAUUAAAUAAAAUCGCUAAUAAAAGAUUAACUUUAUGCAUGUAAAAUAUUGCAUUCUCUUUUGGAUAUAAUAUUUUGUGAGUAUAAUAUGUUGUGACUUUAGUGUUUAAUUAAAUAAUAUUGAGACUUGAGAAAGUA